CGCGAUGGACCUUGCCACUGAGCUCAAAGUGGAGAAUCGAUGGCGGUUUCGGAUAGCACGCUUGACGGGCUAAAAUCUUGUUUCGCGAUCGAGACCGACUUGAAAGCUCGCAGAUGGUAUCUUGGCUCCCCCAAAGCGAUAGACAUCGAAAUGGACGUUUUCAACAGCAACAUGACAUUGAUUGGGCAAACUCUCGUCGUAUCAAAUGGCUACGGCGGCAUUGAAUUCUUCCACCUUAAUCCGGACGCAAUCACAUGGUGAUCAUACGGUCGCGUAAGUAGCACAACAACCAGCCCUCGGGAUGCGCGUCGAAAUUUUCCAUUUAUCGUUUGGCAUGUACUUGAAAACAACUCCGAGCAUUAUUACUACCGAGCACGGCACUACGAGGUUUUUGCAAUGUCACCUGAUCGAUAGUGCUUAUGCAGACCACAAAACCAGAUCACGACCAAGCGCUCCACAUUCGCAAUUGGUCGAGCUUGCGGAUCGAUUCAUGUCUGUAUGGAAAGGACGGCGUCAGGCACAUGGUCUUGUCAGGUGUCAUUUGCCUGACCGGCGAUGCAACACCUGCGGGAGCCGCUGUGCACCGGGAACUGGUUGCGAACGUGAAGGACAGAAAUCGUCCCUAUCUGUUAUUCUUCGCGAUACUCGAAAACAUGGCUCUAUUAUGUUAAAAAGAUACAAUCAUGCUUCGUCAGGUACUUUUAUGCGACACGCAAAUCAGCCACAAAACCUGGAAACAAAGCACAAUUCCUACAUCCACUUUCCCGUUCGUCAUGGCCCUGACUCCUUUCGUAGCUCGGUGUCCAUACCUGUCUAUUCCACUCCACAAAAAGCCCCAGCUAAUGAUGCUCGUGUGGUCUGAAGAUCUCCGUUGCCUGGUGCAGCCAAAGAGGCUCUUUGCAGGUGUUCUGCCAG